CUCUUAAACUCUCAAACUUGUCUUUUGUUUCAAAACUUACCAAAACCAUGGCAUCAUCAUCAUCACACGUCGUCGUUUUGGUCAUCCUAGCUCUCAUAGCUUCUUCAGCUAUAGCUCAAGCUCCAGUACCAGCUCCAUCAAGAUCACCUCUUCCAUCAACUUCACCACUUGCUCAACCACCAAGAACCUCCGCAGCACCAACUCCAACUCCUUCAACCACCGUCACAUCUCCUCCACCUACCGCUACUCCCACGGCGGCUCCUACUACUCCUCCGGCUGGUUCACCACUCCCUUCCUCAGCUUCACCACCAGCUCCUCCUACUUCUUUUACUCCUGAUGGUUCUCCUGUCGGUGGUCCAAGUGGAUCCACUCCCGUCGAUAAUAAAAACGCCGCCGCCGUUGCUUCUAUCUCCGCCGGUUCUUUAGCCGGAUUCGUAUUCGUCGCUUCUUUGUUGGUGUAAUUUGGUUAUAUAUUUUAGAAUCUUUAUUGAGAUAGUUUUUUUCUUAUAUUAAUGAUUUAUUUGUUCGUGUUUAGUUUUUGGUUUAUGUAUUAAGAAUUUGAGUUUACCUUUAGAUACUCGAUUUGUGUUUUUUUCAUUAGUCGCUUUUAGUAAUUAUUAUCAUCAUUUGUGUUUUAUUAUAGUAUCUUCUCUUAGAAAACACUUCGUGUUAUAUCGUUUGUUAUAAUUAAUCACUAUUCGCUUAUGUUUUA